CGUCGAGGUAGUGGUCCGCGCCCCAUAGCCGCGACAGCUUGAAACGCGUGUCGUUGUGCUGCGUCCGUUUCUCUCUGUCUCUUGGUUUCGCUUCUCCUCUCGGGGAAGCAGCCGUUUGACAGAAAAGUCGUGCGUUGGAGCGCGUGUAACUCAUCUACCUACCCCACGGCCACCGUCUUCAUCGGGUUGAUGUGUUAUCGUUACCUGUUUUUUUUUAUUCUGGACAACGGAUUGAAAGGGGUCAGGGUGGUAGUGAAUGCUCUCCUUUCCGGUGGAGAGAAGAGCGCGCGAUUCGGAUAACGAACAAACGAGACGAGACGUUCGUUCUCUAUCCGCAAGGUGGUGGGUAAUGAUAACAGAGGGUAAGCUUCGAGAGGGGGAGACCUCUGCUGACAGUGUGAUCGUCGCAGGAUUCUGAGUUGUUGGAAAAAGGAAGAAUCGUCGAUAAUACCGGUGCGUGGUGAGCUCGUGCCAGAGCUAGAGUUUCUCGAACCCCCGAACCCGGCGAGUAGACAGUGAAACAUACCGGUCGUGUUGCCCGGUGUAUCUAACCUUUUGAGUCGAACCGAUUGGACUGGAGGAGGCUCGGUUACACUCGGACGUCCCAGCUACGAUUGCAGGUGCCAGGACUUUCAGGGGUGGUGCUGGUUACACUUUAUUCCCAUACACGACUAUCCCGAACGUCCGAGGGAACAAACGACUUUGGAUAAUCACUGUUGGAUCGCAUGGUGUCAGCACUCAUGCUUUAGUAAAAGCACGAGAGUAUUGAGAGCGGAGCGGAAAAGAGGCAGCACGAUGUGGCGCAUACUAGUCGUCGCAGUCUUGCUGGUGGCCACCUCGGUGGGUGACAAAGUGGUGGUUUUACCCCACGAUGUUUACCCAGGAUACGAGGUGACGCUGUUUAAUACAAAACGUCCAUCGAACUUCCAUCUGAUGGAGAAUGGUUUUUCCAAAUUCUUCACUGUAUUGGGAAACGGUCUGGUGAUGACCACGUCCGAUUUGUCACCGCUGGUCGACCGGCCAGUGAACCUGAUCGUCCUCGAAGAAUUGGCCAACGGUACCCAGACACAUUUCCUCCAUCUAUACGUGAUUAAUCGCCGGAACAUGAUCACCUUCUCGCACGAUCACCUUGGCGAGGGAGAGGUACCGGAGAAUUCUGUCUCUGGCACCUUGAUCGACGGCUUUCCGGUCUUAAGAGCUCGAGGAAGCUUCCCGGUCCAUUACACCAUUCUCCCGGACGAAACUGGGGAUCGUCCGUUCGCUUUGCAAGAGGAAGACUCGAACCACACGGGUUUCAAUCUGACGUUGAACAGCCAGAAAGAUGGGGUCAGGGUGGUGACCGCGAAACCUCUGGACCGAGAGACCAAGAAGCUUUACACCGUCGCGAUACACGCUUCUGAUGGUUAUCUGCUUAGCAGUUCACAGAUCAACGGCGUUGUCCACGUGCUGGAUGAAAACGACAACAGCCCCGUGUUCGAGAAAGAAUUAUACACGUUUGAGAUAAGACCGACCAACCUGGACGCCAUUCACAAGAACUCUGUCGCACUUCCUGGAUGGAAACGGUUCUCUGUGGUGGGGAAGGUCGCUGCGAAGGAUGACGAUGGUGACAAGGUUGCCUAUAAAUUACUCACGCCUAGCAGUUUGUUGGUGGUAGUACCCCAGACUGGAGAACUUAUGUUGGUCGGCGAACCGGAAAUCACGAUGGACGAAGACAGCGAGUGUGUGGUGAUCGUCGAGGCUCACGAUGUACGAAGUCCUAGUCGAUCUACGGAGAAACCCGCCAAGGUUAUUGUCAGAUUCUUGACGUCACAACCGGUGGACGUUGAAGUUCACCGUAUACAAAAACGUAGGGUAACCAGGGCUGUUAGGCCGACGAAGAAGGUGGACUUCACGGAAGCGGACGGCGAUGUCGAAGGAAAGAUCGUGUUUUAUUUGGAGAAGGAGAACGAGAAGGAGGUGUACAAGAUUAGGGAUGAGAAUAAAUGGGUCUCUGUUUGCCCGAAUGGGUCGGUUGUGGUGAAACAGAAAUGGGAUUACGAGGAGUUGGGCUCGGAAAAGACCAUUGACUUUUGGGUGACCAUUACGAAUACAGAUCGGUGUUCACGGUACCCGCCAUAUAUCCGGUGUCCAUUUCACGAUACAGACAAUCAGCGUGUCAUUAUCAACAUGAAGGACGUUAACGAUGAACCGCCAUACUUCAUAAAUCGACCUCUGCCAAUGCAAACCGUCGUUCAGCUGAAUGCACCACCGAAUACCCAUGUGUUUACCCUUCAAGCAAGGGAUCCUGACACCGACAGCAAUAUUCAUUACUUCAUAGUACGAGAUCGGACUGGAGGCCGUUUCGAGGUAGACGAACGAUCCGGAGUUGUACGUACCCGGGGGACCGAUCUCUUUCAGUUGGACAUGGAAUAUGUUCUGUAUGUGAAAGCAGAAGAUCAGAAUGGCCGUAUAGACGAGAGGCGUUUUCAAUCGACUCCUGAGGAACGUUUAUCGAUCGUAGGUGGAAAACGAGCACCUCAGUUCUACAUGAUCGCGUACGAAGCUGAAAUACCGGAAAACCAGAAGAAAGAUUCUGAUAUCAUAUCCGUGAAAGCAAAGUCAUUUGCCGAUCGUGAAAUUCGUUAUACGCUAAAAGCUCAAGGACUAGGAGCAGCAGGAACAUUUAACAUCGGACCAAGUUCCGGUAUUGUGAAGCUCGCUAAGGAAUUGGAUUUCGAGGAUCUACGUCAACCACAUAUUUAUUCUCUCUUAGUCACUGCUACCGAAGAUUCUGGUGGUUUUUCCACUUCCGUCGAGCUGACCAUACGCGUGUCCGAUGUGAACGACAAUGCCCCGAAAUUCGAGCUGCCCGAUUACCAAGCCCACAAUGUUGACGAGGAUAUUUCACUGGGCACAAGUAUAUUAAAAGUGAAAGCAACGGACGCAGAUUCCGGUGCUAACGCGGAAAUAGAGUAUUUGGUGUCAGACGACCACUUUAGCGUGGAUUCUCAAGGGAUAAUUGUUAACAAUAAACAGUUAGAUGCAGACAACAAUAAUGCUUAUUACGAAUUUGUUGUUACCGCCAGAGACAAAGGAGAACCACCAAAGACUGGUACAGCAACAGUACGAAUAUACACAAAGAACAAGAACGACGAAGAGCCAAAAUUCUCUCAGCAAGUGUACACGCCAAACGUGGACGAAAAUGCUGGACCCAACACCCUUGUCACAACCGUGGUAGCUUCAGACAAGGACGGUGACAAUGUUCGGUUCAGAUUCGUCGGAGGUAACACUACGUCCGGUCAGUUCGUGAUCGAGGAGAUCACUGGUGUGAUUCGACUGCACGGAAAAGAGAUAUCUCUGGAACGAGACAAAUACGAACUGAAUGUGACUGCUCUCGAUGAUGGAGCUUGUUGUCCUAAUGGAGAAACAACAACUCACACCAGUACUGCUGUCGUCGUGGUUUUCAUCACUGAUGUCAACGACAACAAACCAGAGUUCAAAGAUUGCAGCAUGUAUAAUCCAAAAGUCGAGGAAGGUGCACCCAAUGGAAGUACUGUUAUCAAGGUUCAAGCUACGGAUAAAGAUAAGGGUGUGAAUGGGCAGGUUAAAUAUUCCAUCGUUCAACAACCCAAUCAGAAAGGAACAAAAUUUACUGUUGAUGAGGAGACUGGCCAGGUUCUGACGAAUAAGGUAUUCGAUCGUGAGGGAGAUGAUGGAAAGUUCGUAUCUGUUACUGUUAAAGCAACAGAUCAAGGUGAACCUUCUUUGGAAGGUGUCUGUUCCUUCACUGUUGAAAUUACUGACGUUAAUGACAACCCACCCCUAUUCGACCGUCAGCGAUACGUAGAAAACGUAAAACAGGAUGCUAGUAUUGGCACAAACAUUCUGAGAGUAUCGGCAUCGGACGAAGAUGCCGAUAAUAACGGCGCUAUAACGUAUUCGUUGAGCUCGCCGAACAAUGACCAAGGGCUGGAGUACUUUGAGAUUCAACCAGAGUCUGGUUGGAUCGUCUUAAAGAAGCCUCUAGACGAGCAGGUGGGAACGACAUUUUUUGAGCCCCACGUACGGUGUACUUCAACCUCUACGCAUUUUGUGGGCUGUUUUCCACGUGACAGCUAUCGCCUGCGAGUACGGGCCUCCGACAGAGGGACGCAAGUGUUGUACGCAGAUGUGGACGUUGAGUUAGACGUCGUAGACAGAAACAAUAAACCACCUGUGUGGGAUGCGAAUGUAUACGGCCCCAUUCACAUCAAAGAAAAUGUCACAGUGGGUACUGUAGUGACGUCGGUGAAAGCCAGCUCGGGAAUCGACAAUAAUCCGACGGUGUUUUACCGGUUAAUGCCCGGAUCCACGGCUCAAACCAACAAGUUUCACACGUUUUACCUUCAGCAACGAGCCGAGAAGUCCGUCACCUGGGCCGAUAUCAAGGUUAACCAUCCUCUGGAUUACGAGAGCAUAAAGGAGUACAAUCUGACUAUACGAGUCGAGAACAAUGGUGCCCAGCAGCUCGCUUCUGAAGCAACCGUCUACAUUGUCUUGGAGGACGUUAACGACGAAAUACCUUUGUUCACCGAACGCGAACAAGAAACCGUACUCGAGGGUGAACCGGUUGGCAGUAAAGUUACUCAAGUCAACGCGAUUGAUAAGGAUGGCACUUUCCCGAAUAAUCAGGUCACUUAUUACGUGGUCGACAGCGAUAGGAACGAAGGAAAGGACUACUUCGAGAUCAACCGCGAGACGGGUGAGAUUUUCACGAAGGUUAUGUUCGAUCGUGAGAAACAGGGCGCUUAUGCAUUGGAAGUGGAGGCCAGAGAUGGUGCACCAUCGGCGAGACCUAACAGCAACGGACAACCGAAUUCAGUAACGAAAUUCAUCCGUAUUGGAAUAGCUGACAAGAACGACAAUCCACCUUACUUCGAUAAAGGCCUCUACGAGGCUGAAGUAGACGAAAAUGAGGAUAUUCAACACACGGUCCUCACUGUCACCGCCAAAGAUCACGACGAGUCCUCGCGUAUUCGAUACGAGAUUACGAGCGGUAACAUAGGCGGUGCAUUCGCUGUGAAGAAUAUGACCGGCGCCAUUUACGUCGCAGGUGCAUUGGAUUACGAGACCAGGAAAAGGUACGAGCUUCGCCUCACCGCGUCGGAUAACUUGAAAGAAAAUUACACCACCGUGGUGAUACACGUAAAGGAUGUAAACGAUAAUCCGCCUGUCUUCGAGCGUCCAAAUUACUGGACGCAGAUCACCGAGGAAGACGACAGGACCCUACCGAAACGCGUUCUUGUGGUCACAGCUACCGAUGGCGACAAAGACAGACCACAGAACAUCGUCUAUUUCUUAACUGGACAGGGUAUAGAUCCUGAUAAUCCAGCGAACAGCAAGUUCGAUAUCAAUCGCACGAGCGGAGAAAUCUAUGUAUUAAAGCCCCUGGACAGGGAUCAACCAAAUGGAAGACCUCAGUGGCGAUUCACCGUGUUUGCUCAAGAUGAAGGCGGAGAAGGUUUAGUCGGAUACGCUGAUGUCCAGGUGAACUUGAAGGAUAUCAACGAUAAUGCACCAACCUUCCCUCAAGGAAUUUAUUUUGGCAAUGUCACGGAAAAUGGCACCGCAGGAAUGGUCGUGAUGACUAUGACGGCGGUCGAUUACGAUGACCCGAACGAAAGUACAAACGCUAAACUGAUUUACUCUAUCGAGAAGAACGUGAUCGAAGAGGAAACUGGUUCGCCAAUUUUCGAAAUUGAAUCGGAAACAGGUGUGAUAAAAACGGCAGUAUGUUGCUUGGACAGAGAACGAACCCCGGAUUAUUCUAUACAGGUGGUAGCAAUGGAUGGAGGAGGGUUAAAAGGGACGGGGACAGCUUCUAUACGAGUGAAAGAUAUAAACGAUAUGCCCCCGCAAUUUACGAAAGAUGAAUGGUUCACCGAAGUAGACGAAACGGAAGGUCCAGAUUUACCGGAAAUGCCGAUUCUUACGGUCACCGUGCACGACGAAGAUGAAACUAAUAAAUUUCAAUAUAAGGUGAUCGAAAGCAGUGGUUAUGGUGCUGACAAAUUCACCAUGGUGAGAAACAACGAUGGCACAGGUUCAUUAAAAAUAGUGCAACCAUUAGAUUACGAGGACCAAAUGCAAAGCAACGGUUUUAGGUUUAGAAUACAGGUCAAUGAUAAGGGUGAAGACAAUGACAACGAUAAAUAUCAUGUCGCCUACUCUUGGGUAGUCGUUAAGCUUCGAGAUAUAAACGACAAUCAACCACAAUUCGAGAAAGCCAAUAUCGAGACUUCGGUGCCGGAAAAUGCUCAUAUUGGAAAUAGUCUUGAGACCUUCACAGCCACUGAUCCUGAUCAAGGUGGCAAGAGCAAAGUAUUUUACACGAUUGAUAGGAGUUCAGAUCGUAAAAGACAAUUUUCAAUUAACGAAAACGGAACAGUUUCGAUCCAGAGGAGCCUUGACCGUGAGGAAACACCACGACAUCAGGUGAAAAUUUUGGCCAUCGACGACGGUAUUCCUCCAAAAACCGCAACAGCCACCUUAACAGUAAUUGUCCAGGACAUAAACGAUAAUCCACCAAGAUUCUUGAAGGAUUAUCGACCAAUACUUCAGGAACAUUCUCAAACGAAAAAAGUAGUAGAAAUAUUGGCAACGGACGACGACGAUAGAUCAAAGAGCAAUGGACCACCGUUCACUUUCAGAAUGGAUCCGAAAGCUGAUGAUGUGAUUCGAGCCAGUUUCAAAGUUGAAAGCGAUAACAAGGGUGCAAACGGGGAUGGUAUGGCCAUUGUGUCAUCAUUAAGAUCGUUUAAUAGAGAACAACAAAAGGAGUACUUGAUACCGAUCGUUAUCAAGGAUGCAGGAACUCCUUCAAUGUCUGGGACCAGUACCUUAACGGUCAUUAUCGGGGACAUUAAUGAUAACAAAAUGCAGCCCGGAUCGAAGGACAUUUUUGUAUAUAAUUAUGCAGGACAAUCACCAGAUACCGAGAUCGGAAGAGUAUACGUCUAUGAUUUGGACGAUUGGGAUUUACCAGACAAGAAAUUCUAUUGGGAAAGUUUAGAACAUACUCAAUUUAAAUUGGACGAGGAUAGUGGUAUGAUUUACAUGAAAGCAGGCACUCAUGAUGGUAGAUAUCACUUGCGCUUCAAAGUCUACGAUCGGAAACACACUCAAACAGAUGUCCCAGCAAACGUUACUGUUACCGUAAAAAGUAUUCCUCAUGAAGCUGUAUUGAACUCUGGAUCAAUUCGAAUAUCCGGUAUAACAGAUGAAGAUUUUAUUCGAGUUUGGGAUUAUAAAUCGUCAACUUUGUCUCGUAGUAAGGCCGAAUUAUUUCGAGAUAAAUUGGCUCAUUUGUUGAGUAUUGACAGAGAAUAUGUUGAUGUAUUCAGUGUUCAAUUACGUAGAAUGCAUCCACCUUUAACGGACGUUAGAUUUGCUGCUCAUGGUUCACCAUAUUACAAACCUGUCAGGUUGAAUGGAAUCGUGCUAAUGCACCGUGAAGAGAUCGAGAAGGAAGUUGGUAUUAACAUAACAAUGGUCGGCAUUGAUGAAUGUUAUUACGAGAACGAAGUAUGCGAGGGUAGUUGCACAAAUACGCUGGAUAUCAGCAGUUUACCUUACAUGGUAAACGCAAACAAGACUGCUUUGGUCGGUGUACGGGUAGAUGUAAUCGCAGAAUGUACAUGCGGGGCACGAAAUUUCAGUAAAGGCGAAUCUUGUAGAAGUAGCCCUUGUUAUAACGGUGGUCGUUGCGUGGAAGGACGAUUUGGAUUAUCAUGUCAGUGUCCAGCUGGAUACAAUGGUCCAAGGUGCCAACAGACUGCAAGAAGUUUCCGUGGUAAUGGUUGGGCUUGGUAUCCUGCUUUAGAAAUGUGCGAUAACAGUCAUUUAAGUUUCGAAUUCAUCACGAAAAAACCUGAUGGUUUACUUUUGUAUAACGGGCCUAUUGUUCCUCCUGAGGCGGACGAAAUUAUGGUUUCUGAUUUUAUAUCUGUCGAAUUGGAACGUGGAAUACCUCGAUUAUUGAUAGAUUUUGGAUCCGGAACUCUAGAACUAAAAGUGAAACCAAAGAGAACACUGGAUGAUGGAGAAUGGCACAGAUUGGACAUCUUUUGGAAUACAGAGACCGUGAAGCUGAUCAUUGACUACUGUAAGUCUGCAGACAUCUCAGAACCGGAAGACGGUACACCUCCAGAAUUUAACGAUACCAGCUGCCAAGCACAAGGCACCAUACCACCUUUCAAUGAAUACCUAAAUGUAAACGCGCCACUUCAAAUCGGUGGUUUAUACGUUGAAAAUUUCGAUCCAACCCAUUACAAAUGGAAACACAUGCCGGUUGGCAAGGGCUUUGAGGGUUGCAUAAAGAAUCUCUUCCACAACAGCAAACUUUAUGAUCUGGCUCAUCCCGGACUCUCCAGAAACAGCGUAGCCGGAUGUCCGCAAACCGAAGAAAUCUGCAACAACCAAGAAUCUACUUUGCGAUGCUGGGAACAUGGUACUUGUGUGGGAAGCUUUACCGAAGCUAGAUGUCAAUGUAAUUCCGGCUGGACGGGUCCUGGAUGCAUGACACCCACUAUACCAACAACGUUCAAACCACAAAGUUAUGUCAAAUACGCGUUGUCCUUUGAACCGGAUAAAUAUUCCACUCAGGUUCAAUUGAGGUUUCGUACUCGAGAGGUUCAUGGCGAACUGUUUAGAGUCAGUGAUCAACACAACAGAGAAUAUGCUAUUCUAGAGAUCAAGGAUAGCAGACUGCACUUCCGGUACAAUUUGAACAGUCUGAGGACCGAGGAGCGUGAUAUUUGGCUCACUGCCAUAGCUGUCGACGAUGGACAAUGGCAUACGGUCAGAGUUUCCAGAUACGGAUCAGCUGCUACUUUGGAACUAGAUGGUGGUGAAGGAAGAAGAUUCAACGAAACAUUUUCCUUUGAAGGGCAUCAAUGGUUGCUGGUUGACAAACAGGAAGGAGUUUAUGCGGGUGGCAAAGCUGAGUACACCGGUGUCCGAACUUUUGAAGUGUACGGUGAUUAUCAAAAAGGUUGUCUCGACGAUAUAAGAUUAGAAGGCAAGCAUCUUCCACUUCCUCCAGCCAUGAAUGGGACACAAUGGGGUCAAGCAACGAUGGCCAGAAAUCUGGAAAGAAAUUGUCCAUCAAACAAACCCUGUGCCAACGUCAUUUGUCCGGAGCCGUUCGAGUGUAUUGAUCUUUGGAAUGAAUACGAUUGCACGUGUGGUGAAGGAAGAAUUCCAUCGCCAGAUAAUAAAGGAUGUAUGGAUAAAAAUGAAUGCAUAGAUUAUCCCUGUUUGAACGGUGGUAGAUGCAUCAAUCAGGAUCCUAGGUUCCGGUAUAGAUGUAUUUGUAACGAUGGUUAUUGGGGAGAAAAUUGUGAGCUUGUUCAAGAGGGUCAGACGCUGAAACUCGGCAUGGGAGCUUUAGCAGCUAUUCUUGUCUGUCUUCUAAUUAUUCUCGUUCUUGUCUUAGUAUUUGUUGUCUACAAUAGAAGAAGAGAAUCUCACAUUAAGUAUCCUGGUCCUGACGAUGACGUGAGAGAAAAUAUUAUUAAUUACGAUGACGAGGGUGGCGGAGAAGAUGACAUGACCGCAUUCGAUAUUACACCACUUCAAAUUCCUAUUGGUGGCCCGAUACCGGAAAUGGGUGGAAAACUACCUCCAUGUAAAAUAGCCUAUCCACUAGGACCGGAACCAAACGUGGGUAUGUUUAUAGAAGAUCAUAAAAAGAGAGCUGAUAGUGAUCCAAACGCGCCGCCAUUCGAUGAUCUACGAAAUUAUGCAUACGAGGGUGGCGGAAGUAUCGCAGGCUCAUUAUCAUCUUUAGCUUCCGGAACAGACGACGAGCAGCAUGAGUACGAGUACUUAGGUGCCUGGGGCCCAAGAUUCGACAAGUUGGCUGACAUGUACGGGCCAGCAGAGGAAAGCGAAGAAGAGGACUAAAGAAAUCCUCAACGAAACUCCAUAGCUCACACGAUCCAUACACCUGUAGGAAGAAUAGUGCCCGUAUUAUCUUAAAUCAACAGAGAAAAAACGAACAAGAAACUAUCCAAUAGAACACGCGAAUUUGUAUGAACAAUUCGAGAUGAACAUACCCAUGAAGAAACGAACAGAGAAGCAGGAAAUAGAAAGAAAACCCGCAAUCUAAUCGAAGUGGUGUAUUAAGUUUCCUCGAGCAACAAGAACGUUCCGUUUCGUUCAGUAAUCAUCGAGCCACAUCCGCGUUUCCGGUACGUGGCAUAUUUUACGCAAUGAGAAAGAAGCAUAAAUGAAAACGCAUCCGCUCGUCGAUGGUGAUCCCAUUGAAAUGGGCUUUCUGAUUCCCGUCGCGUUACGAACGUUGUUGCAAUAAAAUGUCUGUCGAAGUCACGGCCAUUACAAACGCGCCCUAUGGUUGCGUCACCCUUCGAGGGUGCAUACCUAUCUGUAUAGCACGUUACGCGUAUACGUAGUGAAUUCGUGCGUGUCUUAACAACGCGCAAGACUUUUCUAUCGAUAAAAUAAAUCUAUAUAUAUAUAUAUAUAUUAUAUAUAUAUAUAUAUACAAUUCAUUAUUUUUAGUCACAGUCAUAGUUACUAUUUAUCGGUACCACUGACCUCGAUGUCCCGGUAUUCGAUCGGUUAAUUAUUAAUCGUCGACGCGACAACAUCGGUUCGACUGGAAUUAGGGGACAUUUUCACGUGACAGUAAACUUACAGACUUUACAGCAUUGACAUUUUGCAGUACCAACUUGUUGAAAAUAAUUUUAUUUCCCCAAUUAGACCCCCUUGUUAAGUCAACUCAGAAAAAAUGAGUCUUUCAAGAGUCGACAGUACAAAAAUUAUGACUUUUAAUUAUCACAUUAAACUGUUUGGAAACAUUUUUAGUGCUACGUGAAAAGGUACCAUUAUAAUAAACGUUACUGCUGCCAGUAUCGUCGCCGUGUGCGUAAUCGUUUCCGUUUUCGACCGAGUCGUACCUCAAGGGCAUUGCUCAUUUGACCCGUUUCUGACCUUCGUCUUCAAUAUUUACCCGGUUCCUUUCCAACGCGAAAGCGCACCGGCUACCUGGUUCCAUGUAACGUACCCUAGACAAGUGUUGUCGAGUUUUUAAAAAGAAUCUUCAGAUAAAUGAUUCGUGACGCCUUCCUCGUUCGCGUAAUACAAACGAUCCUAACGGUUAUAGGGUUAUUAGGGUUAUUAAAAGGCGGGUUUAGAUGUCGCGAGUCGAAAACCAUCCUCAUCGUUGUCAUCGUCACCGUCACCAGCAUCCUCAUUAAUUAUUGAUAGUAUUAUUAUUGACAUUACGAUAAAUAUAUAUAUAUAUAUAUAUAUAUUAUAAAUAUGAAUUUAUAAAUAAAUAUAAAUAUAUAUAUAUAUAUAGAAAGUGGAAAAAUAAAAAAGAGUACAGUAAAGUGGAGCGCACGAAAGUCCGCGAAAGAACAAAGAGAGUUACCGCGCGCAUAUGUAAUUAUUACGAUUAAUAUUAUAUAGCGAUAUAAAUAAUGAAUAUAAAUAUAAAUAUAUACAUAUAUGUAUAUUAUAUAUAUGAGAAGAUGAAUUACAUACAGACGAGGAAAAGUAAAGAGAAGUUUAAAAAACAACCAAAAAAAAAGAGGGUGAAGAGUAACCGUAGCGAAAAAUACCAAGAACGGUUGUCGAGAAAAGCUCACGAUUUAACUCUCGACGUAGUAUUAAUAUUUAUUUUCUGUCAGUGUCGAACCGGUCGAGAGUUUCAAAAGAUAUGAAGCAAAACGAUCGAAAGACGUGAUAAUCCUUUGAUUCGUGGUCGCCUGGGUAAUUUCGACGCUUGAUCAAGCGCGACGUAUCUCGGGUGAGCCCAACGCGGCUUCCGAUGAAGGAAACAUCCUAGUGUCACGACGAUAAAGAUAGUGUCGCCUCGGAACAUCUCCACGCGUGUGUCUCGACUGAUUUGUAAAAUUUCUCUACGGAAAUAUUAAUAGUCAAUUUAUCGGUUAGGGGAAGCUCCGUCGGAUCGUGUGGUCCGGGCAUAGUGUUAAGCACUUGUACGAAUAUUGUAAGUAACGUCGUGUAUUUCGGUGUACCGGUUCCCUUCGUCUUGCGAUCGGUACCGAGCAUCUCUGUAUAAUUGUCCUACCAAGAUUCGUCGUAUCGUUUCCCAGUGAUGUUUGUGAUAUUACGUUUCCUAUACCCGUUAAUUCGACGUUUGUAUCGUUUCCUUUUGUAACCUCUACUGCCAUUGAGAAACGCCCUAUGAUCAUUUAUCUUUAAUCGAAAUACUGAUACUGAUACUGAUGGAUGAUAUCAAAUUUUCAAACCUUACUUUAUCCUUUCAUUUAACUCUUUCGUUACGAAUGGUGUACAUGUACAAUAUCAAUCAUAGUGUCCGUUCGUCUAGUGAAAAAGCACUGACUUUGGAGUCCAAGUUUAACCGCAGCAAAUAUCAUAAAUCUAAUUAUUUAAUAAAAGCGUUAAAGUAAUUAACAUA